AUGACCAGAUCUAUGUUGCACUUAUCCGGGGAUGCCAGAAGGCAAAGGACGUUGAAGGCGCCAUCCGGUACUUCAACCUUAUGCUGGCUGCAGAAAGGAAGCCUCCAAAGCAGGCGUACAGUGCCAUUAUCCUGGCACACGCUGAGGCCCAGAGUACAUGAAGCAGUCAGAUGGAUGGAGAGGAUGAUAGAAGCAAACUGUGAUCCUGACAUUGAGUGCUAUGAAUCUGUCCUGGACGCCGCCGCGGCGCGCGGCGAGAAGGAGCUGCGGGCAGAUGUAGAAGACCAGUGGCUGGCACGGAAGAAGCCGGACCGGGAAGUCUUCAAGGCACUCAUGAGAGUGUCAGCGAAGCACGGCGACAUCACGUCGACCAAUCUUUGGUUUGAGCGCUUGCGAAAGGGCGGCUACAAACCGAAGCCUGCAGUGAACGAAUGGAAAUACCUGCUCAAGGCCUGUGAGGCAUCCCAAGACAAGUUCGCCAUUGACGAGGCUCAGAAGUUCUUCAACCGGAUGGAGAAGGAAGAAGUGAAGCCGGACGCGGAAGCCUACAACCUGAUGAUCCAAGUCAUGGCCAAGGCCGGCAAGCCAAAGUAUGCGCUCCGCUGGCGCAAAAGAAUGGCAGACGCUGGUCUGGUCUCGCCGAAUUCGCUUCAGUUUGACCAGAUCAUCAAAGCGAUUUCCGGGGACAGCUCCACCAUCUCCGCGGACUAUGCUGCAGACUGGGUGCAGUUCACGCUGUCCGCUGGCAAGAAGCCCGGCGCUUCGGCUUGGAGCUCCGUCAUUCAGGCUUACUUGAACGAAGACCGGCCAGAUGAUGCGAGGCAGUGGCUUGAGUGGAUGCAGCAGAAUGGCACUGCACCCAGCUACGACGUGUACCUGAAAUUUAUGAGGAGCGACGACCGCAAGGCAGCCUCAUGGCACGACCAGAUGGAAGACGCUGGCAUCCCACCCACUGCCGAGAGCUUUAAUCUCGUGAUCAAGAGCUUCUCAUUCGUCAAGGGCAAGCAGCGGAUGCAGAAGACGGAAGAGUGGUUUCAUAGGAUGCGCGCCGCAGGCGUUGCACCCGAUGAGGAGACCUUUGCGCACCUGAUUUCUGCCGCGGCAAGAUCGGGCAAACCGGAAGAUGUGGACAAGUGGCAGGCAGAGUUGACGGAGAGCGGUCUCCGCCCUGACAAUCGGGUCUACUUCGCGCUGAUGCAGCGCUACUUAGUGGAGCGAGACCCUUUGGGAGUCAGGCAGAUCCUGGACUGGAUGGUGCUGAAGGGCAAUCGCCCGCACCGGGCGGCGUACAAUCUGGCCAUCCGUGCCUUUGCUGAAGCCGGCGACAUGAAGUCCGCAGAGGAGAUCUAUCGCAGGCUGGAGGCAGUUGGCGGACGUCGAGACGAGAGGACAUUCUACUUCCUCAUCCGGGGUCAUGUAUACCAAAAGUCUCCAAAGUCAAUGGAGCGGGCGAGGGCGUGGCUCAAAGAGAUGCUGCAGAUGGAUGUGCGGCCCAGCUUCAGCAUCUACGGAGCCCUCAUUCAGGGCUAUGCCCAGUUGCAGCAGCCGAAAGAGGCCAAGGAGUUCCUGGAGGAGUUGUCCCUGCGCAAGUCCUGGGGUCCUGACAGGCAAGCCUGGCUCGAUGUGCUGCGGCCAGCACUACGGUGUUUCCAGAAGGCUGGUGAUGAGGAGGCUGUGGCAAAGUGGACGGACUUCCUCAAUGACAAAGGCGUGGAAAUCAAUCUUGAAGAAGAAGCGGAAGCUGAGGUGUCCGACGACUCGACGCAAAAGAGGCCGCAAAAUGCCACCGUCUCCAGGAAGUUCAAAAAGGGCCAGGUGUCAAGUGUGGAGCGUGAGAUGAAGACGCUGCAGGAAAUUCAGGAUGCAGGCAACAAACCUGAGAUCCGGGAUUUCAAUCGGGUCAUGAAGGCCUUUGCCCUAAGCCCACGAUCUCGCUACUCGAUGGCCCGAGCAUUCAUCGAGGACAACAUCAUGCCAGUGGUAGAGCCCAACGAAAACACCUGGACAAACCUGUUGAGGAGCGUCGAUGUGGGGACCAUGGACGUCACCGGCUGUCAGCACGCGCGGGAGGCAGAUGCCAGUGAGCUCGAGCUGCUGCCUUUGCUCCCGCUGGCUGCAGCGGGGGCGGUGGCGCUUUGGGGCCGUGGACGUCCAGGAGUUCGCGUGACCAACGAGGCUUCUUCCAAGUCCUGGCGUGAAGAGGAGCUCAGGGACUUCGAUGGCUCGACAGAAGGCCCCAUCCUGUUGGCGGCAGAGGGGCUGGUCUUUGAUGUGUCCUCAUCCAGGAGCCUUUACGGCCCCGACGGCAAGUACGCGCCUUUGGCUGGCCGGGAUGCUUCGAGGCUUCUGGGGAAGAAUUCCUUGGAUGAGGAGACCGAGGAGUCAAAGAAGAUGCCACUGAACAUGGCGGAGAGGGCGUUCCUGUCAGCUUGGGUCUUGACCUUCAAGAGCAAGUAUCCCAUUGUGGGAGAGCUAAAGGAGGAGGACCAGGAGACGGCAGAGCCCGCGGCGCUGCUGCGGGCCUCGGAGAAGGGUGACCUGCAGCGACUCAACGCGCAGCUCGCGCAGGGCGCGGACCUGAGCUGGGCCGACGGCGACGGGCUCCAGGCCUUGCAUUGGGCGGCGAGGAGUGGCCAUGCUGCGGCGGUGUCAAAGCUGCUCAGCGCCGGCGCGGAUGCUUCAGGCAGGGACCAGAAAGGCCGGACUGCCUUACACUGGGCUGCCACCUUCGGACACACUGAGGCCGUGGAGGCACUAUUGCCCGCUAUCCCGGCAGAGGCGGAAGCUGCUGAUGCCUGGCUGCCUUUGCACUUUGCAGCACAGAACGGGCACUUGGAGACGAUGAAGGCGUUGAUACGCAACGGCGCAGAUAUCAACAGGGCGUCCAAGGCGGGUGUCACAGCCCUCAUGAACGCUGCCCGGAGCGGGCAGCGGGAGGUGGUGAAGCUUCUGCUGGAGAAGGGUGCGGACACAGGAGCCAAAGUGAACGGGAAGACAGCACAGCAAUGGGCCGAGAGUCAAGGCCUCAAUCAGAUUGCUGAGAUGAUCAGCAGCGUGAUCGACUACGAGAAGGAUGACGUGGGAUGUGCUAGGUGCAACCGAGUGGGCGAUGGCAAGCGCGGCAUCUUCACGAUUGAAUGGAUGUCAAGCCUGGGCGUGACUGUGAGAAGGACUCACAUCGAGGUUGCCAUCAGGCAGCUCUUUGAUGACUACAAGGCCGAAAAGAUUGAUUCGGUUCAGCUGCUCCUGGAAAAGCUGCUCCAAGCGCUGCCGGAGAAGUCUCACCUCGUCACGUACAACUCCAUCAUCCGGAUCUCAGCCGAGGCCGGGCUGAUGGAGAUCUCAAUGGACUGGGCCAAGCGGAUGCGCAGCGAGAACUUUUGGGUGCAGCCGAACACCUGCUACGCAGUUGCCAAGGCCCAUUUCAAAAAGGGCGAUGAGGUGUCCAGCUUAUGGUGGAUUGACCAGGCCAAAGAAGGUGACAGAGGUGCAACAGCACAAAGUCGCCUGAGUCGGUUUGUGGAGACCGUCACCAGAGAUGACCGAAGCAGAGGCAUCAUCAAGACGCUCUUCCCGGGCUAUGGCUUCCUCAGGAUCGAUGAGCCGCCCUUCGAAAUGAUCUUCCUUAGAUCCAGCUUGGGCAAGACGGCGCCCAAGGCGGGCACCAGAGUCAGUUACAACAUGGUGCUGGACGAGAAGACGGGCCGCCUCAGGGCGGACAACCUCUCGCCCGCCCGCGAGGACCCAGGCGCGGUCCUGCGGUGGGCCCCGUAG